GCAUAAAAAAUCUUCAGUCGAGAUGGUGACAUAAUAAGUGUUGAGAUGGUUGACUAAAGAUGGGAGACUGGAAUUUCCUUGGGGUCAUCCUGGAGGAAGUCCACAUUCACUCCACCAUUGUUGGAAAAAUCUGGCUUACAAUUCUGUUUAUAUUUCGUAUGCUUGUCUUGGGCGUUGCAGCUGAAGAGGUUUGGAAUGAUGAGCAAUCUCAGUUUGUAUGCAACACGGACCAGCCUGGCUGUAAAAAUGUUUGCUAUGAUCAGGCAUUUCCUAUAUCCCUGAUUAGAUACUGGGUUCUGCAGGUCAUAUUUGUCUCCUCUCCAUCUCUGGUUUACAUGGGCCAUGCCAUUUACAGGUUAAGAACACUAGAAAAAGAAAGGCACAAAAAGAGAGUUCAGCUGAGAGGGGAGCUUGAAGGGGUAGAGUAUGAGUUGACUGAAGACCGUAGACGGCUAGAGCGUGAGCUCAGGCAACUGGAGCAAAAAAAACUCAAGAAAGCUCCCUUACGUGGCUCACUUCUCUGUACAUAUGUGAUACAUAUAUUUACCAGAUCUGCAGUUGAAAUUGGAUUCAUGGUUGGACAGCAUGUGCUUUAUGGAACUCAAUUAAAUUCUGUUUACAAGUGCCAAAGAGAUCCUUGUCCUAAUGUGGUUGACUGUUUUGUGUCUAGACCUACUGAGAAGACGGUAUUUAUGCUAUUUAUGCAAUGCAUAGCAGCUGUUUCUCUUUUUCUCAACAUUUUAGAAAUUGGGCACCUAGGAGUGAAAAAAGUAAAAAAGGUAUUUUUGUUGCGAUAUAAAAUCAAGGAUGAAUUUGAUGAUUUUUAUGUCAUGAAAACAAAGCAAAGCACAGUCACUCAUACAUGCAUAGGUAUAUCCUCCAGUCCACAAAAGACCCUACCUUCAGCACCCAGUAAUUAUACUCUCUUAAUGGAAAAACAAAAUGAUCCAGCAGUUUACCCAAUUUUAAAUCCUCCAUGUGGUUUCCAUCCAAUUGAAGAUGCACUCACUGAGAACAGUAAUAAUUGUAUUCAUGAUGAGCAAGAAACAAAAUCUGUCAAUGAGGUGAAUGCUGCCAACAUAGCAGAGAGCCACUUCCACAACACUAGUUCUAACAAUAAUGAAAAGAUCAGUAAAACAUUCGGUCUUGAUUCUAAGCCUGCACAGAGACACAUGCAAAGAAAAAGUGGUUGCAUAAGGAGUACUCAUGCAAGUGCAGAAAGUACUCCUGGUUUAUAUAUGGGAACAAUGGAUGAAAUGCCAUCUGAGGACACUGUGGAUUCUUCUUUUCAAAAUAUUUCUUGUACAAAAACUGCUAGUGCAGUCCGUAAAGCCAGGAGAGUCGGUGCUCCAUGGAAUUGCUCAAAAGUGGUGGAGAGAGGUGGAUAUGUUCAAGAUUCUCCAAACACAAACAGAGGACGCUGCAGCUUCAGUGCCAGUAGAUCAUGGGCCCUCUCCAAGUCUGAACUUCAGCAAGCUAGCAGGCCAGUUACUCCAGAGGAUGUAGAAGAGCCAAGCUCAGAAUACAAGCAGAAUAAGGCAUAUGAAAGUCCUGUGACCUUCUCUCCGUCUCGGCGGAUGUCACUGGUGACUUCAGUCUUGCAGCUGUCCACCCUUAUAAAGAAGCACUGAGAGGUCCAUGCAAGAUCCUGGUUGAAUAUUUCCAACAAAUCACAUCUAAAAACGCCAGAUAUAGCCUCAGCAAUACCCAACAAAGGAAACUGGAAGCUUUUAAGGAAUAUGAACUUUGAUGAAAGUACAAUAAAAUGUGCUGAAUCCACACAGGAUUAAAGGGGAACUGUCACUUCUUGUGAUUUCUAAUAUCGUGUUUACUUAUUUCUAUAGUUUACAAAUAUGUAAUUUUUUUGUUGUUGAAAUGCACACCUGCAUGCAUCUGAGCACCUCCAUCUAGACUGCCUGAAAAUUGUUACAAGCUCUGUCCUUUACUUUGUAGCUGGCAUUCAGAAUAGAGAAAGCAUGCAGAAAAUAGGAGAAAAUAAACAAUGUUACUGUUACUCCUCCUAGUGUG